AUGAGCAAGAAGCAGGAAAACGCACAUAUUCCCAAAUACAUCAAGGACCAGCCGUGGUUCUAUAAAGACACAACUGCUUCAACCGACAAUGAAGAUUAUUUAGCACAUCAUCGCAGAUCAAAAACGUCCGAUAAAGAUCUGGAUAUCGACAAUAAUGCGGAACCAAAGGUGGGACGUGGUAUUAGUGAUGCAUUUGAACAAUUGCCAAGUGCCAGACCUCAGAAUUCCCUUGUUUCCAGCGAUGAUAGCUGUCGCAACUGUGGGAUGCGUGGGCACAGGGCAAGAGACUGCCUAGAGGCACCGAAAAAGCGGAGAGCCUAUGCAUCAAAUGUACACACAACACAAGCAGAAAGGCGUACAGGCUCGAACGAUAACUGGGACGCCAGAAAAGAUCGCUGGUACGGGUAUGAGGGUAAAGAAUACGAAACUGUUCUGCGGAAAAGUCAGGAACAGACGGUAAAAGAACAGACAGAAACGUCGCAAGAUGCAGACGAAAUAGACACAGACGAGGAAAUCGAGCUACUGAAACUGGGACUCUACAAGCAAGAAGUCAGCGGGAAGGUUGCACAGGACGACGCUCAGGGCUCCAAGCUCAGAGCUUCUGUGAGACUUAGGGAAGAUCGAGCAGCAUACUUGAAGGAUAUUGGGUCAGAUACGCUCAAUUACGACCCCAAGUCUCGGCUGUACAAGUCCGACGCUCUGGGCGAGAUUGAUCCUGAAUCUAAAAUGUUCCACCGACAUCUGACAGGUGAAUCGGUAGAGCUAUCUCAAUUGAAUCGCUUUGCCCGUGAGCAGACGCUCAAGUCAGGCAUAAGAGACGAAAUUGAGAAUGCUGCGAAGACGAAGCACGUCUUGGUGGCUAAUCCUACAAAGUACGAACUUUUAAUGAGAAAGAAGGCUCUUCCCGAACAAGACAUUUCCAGUGACGAUUCGCACAAAGAUAAGAGUGCCAAGAAAAUAACAGGCACAAAACAAUCUCAAGACCAAAGAUCGCAGCUUUUGGAAAAAUACGGCUAG